AUGCAGAGUCUUAAUGUCUACAUGUGUGAAUCACUGAAUCUGCCCGUCGUAGCCAAAUACUGGGGCUCCGUGUUGACAGUGAACGACUACCAGGUGUCUCGUUUCUUCCGCAAGAUUACCUCGCACUUCUGUGAGACCCUCGCAGACAAACGGAUCGCCCUCUUCGGCUGUACCUUUAAGGCGGGCACUCCUGACGUCUGGUAG